AUGAAGAUUGCCUUCUUCUCGGCGGCUGCCUACGAUACCGAAUCCAUGAAGGCCAUGGCCACGGCCGAAGGCGUCGAGCACGACCUCCACUUCUUUGCCCACCGCCUCCACUACGGCACGGCGCCUCUCGCGACCGGCUGCGACGCCGUCGUCAUCUUUGUCAACGAUACCGCCAACGCCGCUGUGCUCCACAAGCUCCACGAGGUCGGCGUCAAGGCCGUGCUUCUCCGCUGCGCCGGCUUUGACAUGAUCAACCUCGACGUCGCGGCCGAGCUCGGCAUGACGGUCCUCCGCGUGCCUGCCUACUCGCCGUACGCUGUUGCCGAGCACGCCGCCGGCCUCAUGAUGACGCUCAACCGCAAGUACCACCGCGCGUACAACCGGACCCGCGAAUUCAACUUCAAGCUCCAAGGCCUCCUCGGCUUUGACUUGCACGGCAAGACCGUCGGUGUCGUCGGUACCGGCAAGAUUGGCGCCCUCUUUGGCAAGAUCGCCACCGGCUUUGGCUGCAAGGUCAUCGCGUACGAUGUCUAUGAAAACGCCGAGGCGCUCGGCUAUGGCAUCGAGUACGUCUCGCUCGACGAGCUCUUUGCGCGCUCGGACAUCAUCUCGCUCCACUGCCCGCUCUUCCCGUCCACGCACCACAUUGUGAACGAAGAGAGCAUCGCCAAGAUGAAGACGGGCGUUAUGCUCAUCAACACGAGCCGCGGCGGCUUGAUCGACACCAAGGCGCUCAUCCGCGGCCUCAAGAACGACAAGAUCGGCAGCGUCGCCUUGGAUGUAUUUGAGGGCGAGAACGGCAUCUUCUACGAAGACCACUCGGGCGAAAUCAUGGCCGACGAGAACUUCACCAAGCUCUUACGUUCCACAACCAACAUUGCGAAGACGACGAUGGACAACAUCAAGGCGCUCGAGUCGAACGGGCCGUUCGUCAACGAAGUCAAGAAGCAGUAA